UCAUCGUUGUCCUCCUCGCGGGGAGCUUUCCACUUUCCAGCCAUUUGUCUCCGAAGCUCCAUCCAUGGUAAACCUCGCGUAUCUCUCCCUCCUCGUCCUCGUUCUUCCUCUCUUUCUACUCUUCUGCCUUGCCCUACUAGUUCGACCCCGUCGCGUCAAUAUCCCGAUCAAAGGCCGCCAUGUCUUCAUUACCGGUGGAUCGAGCGGCAUAGGCCUCGCCCUGGCGCACCGAGCCGCAUUAGAGGGCGCGCGCGUCUCCAUAUUGGCUCGCAACCUCGAGAAGCUUGAGGAGGCGCGGCAGUUCAUCCGCCUCGCCACGGGCAUCGACGUCAGCGUCUUCGCCGCCGACGUGCGCGACUUCGAAGCCCUCCGGCGAGUGGUGCAGCAGGCGGGUCCCAUAGACGUUCUGAUUUGCAAUCAAGGAGUGUUUGUGGCUCUAGAGUUGGAGAGGCAGGAUUUGGAUGAGGUGAAGUUCAUGAUAGAUGUGAAUUUGAUGGGGACUUUCAAUUUGAUCAAAGCUGUUUUGCCCGGGAUGAAGAAUCGGAGGGAACGUGGACCUGCUUCGAUUGCUCUCAUGUCGUCGCAGGCGGGGCAGGUGGGUAUAUAUGGUUACGCUGCUUAUUCAGCCAGUAAAUUUGGCCUUAGGGGUCUGGCAGAAGCAUUGCAACAGGAGGUCAUUAUGGACAACAUCCAUGUCUCACUCAUAUUCCCUCCAGACACCGAAACUCCUGGUUUCUUGGAAGAGAACAAGAGAAAACCACAGCUCACCAGUAUCAUAGCAGGUUCCUCUGGAGCAAUGAAAGCUGAUGAGGUUGCCAAGAAAGCUUUGGAUGGCAUCAAAGCUUGUAGUUUUAUUGUCCCCUGCAAUUUUGAGGGAUUUUUGCUGUCCAUAGCGACUGCUGGUCUAUCCCCUCAAAGAUCAUUUGGGAUGGCAUUUGUUGAGGUGGUUGCUGCUGGUAUAACACGUUUUGCAGCUCUAGUUUUCCAAUGGGUGUGGUAUGGAAGUAUAGCAAAGUGGCAAGCACAGAAGACUUAGGAUGCAUGAGCUCUGCUCUUGGUUCUCUUAGAAGUUUCUCAAAGGCUUAUCUUGGACUUCUAAAGCAGCUCUCCCCAGUGGCUCUUGUGUACUUGAACCAUAGAGGAUAUUUCUUGCCUUAUUAGACAGAUUUUGCUUUAGAACUUGUAAUGAAUUUUUCUUGGUAGAUUUGUAAUAAUUUUAGGAAAUUAAAGAGUGUAAUUUUUAUGGCAAAUAUUAAAUUUUGAUAUUAUUCUUGAUCGACAAAUUCAAAAAUAAAUGAAUAUGUUUUUUUUGGAUUUAAAAAAAA